UGUGUGUGGGAAGGAAGGGAACAUUCCAAAUAUGGCGCGGUAGCUUCCGGUGACGCGCCCCGCUGACACACCUUCUGACGAAACUCACCUGAGAUCGGAAGCACUCGGGCUUUUCCGUGACAUAAGGAAGAACGUUUGAUCAACAAGACUUUUUUCAGCUGUGGAUUGAAGCAGACAGCUGAGAGAGAGAACGUCUCCGCUCAGCUGAAGACAAACUCUUUCUGUCUCCGACCGCCGAGGGACGACAUGUCGGACACGGACAACCCCUUCCACCCCAGCCUGGCCGCCGCCCUCAUGAAGCUGGACCCGGAGGACGGCGAGCAGAUCGUGGAGUAUUUUAAAACUCACGCCCUGCUGACCAGAGAGAAAGCAAUGCUGCAGGCUUCAGUCAGAGAUCAGAAGAAGCUGCUGGUGGAAAACGCCAAACUGAAGAAAGACAUCGAGCAGCUGAGAACCCAACUACAGGACAAACAGAGGAGACGCACAGCCAAGGCUCUGCUGGCCCCGCCCCCUCCACCUGUUAACCCCGCCCCCUCCACACCUGUCAAUCAAACUACCUCCCCUGCUGGAGCAACAGCCGCUGUUCCUACAAAUCCCCGUCCCCCCUCCUCUACACAGGACCAGAGAGAGAGACUGAGGAGGAGGAGAGGAGAGAGGAAAGCCCGUCCCUCCUCUGAUUGGUUCUCUCUGGAGGCGGAGCCUCGGGUUGACGUGUCCCGUCUGGACCUGCGGGUCGGGCGGAUCGUGAGCGUGCGGCGCCACCCGCUGGCGGAGACGCUGUUCGUCCAGGAGGUGGACGUGGGGGAGGAGGCGCCCCGCAGGGUGGUCAGCAAGCUGGAGGAGGACACGGACUUUGAGGAGCUCCAGGGCGGUCUGGCUGUUCUGCUCUGCAACGUGAAGGCCUGCAGGGUGAGGGGCGUGGUCUCACAGGCCCGCCUCCUCUGUUGCUCCGCCUCCAACAGCUGCUCCCAGCUGCUAACUCCGCCCACAGGCUCCAUCCCUGGAGACAGAGUCACCUUCCUCAACUACCCCGGUGAGCCGGACAGAGAGCUGCAGGCCAACCAGAAGCUCUGGGAGCUCCUCCAGCCAGACCUGCAGGUGGACUCGAAGGGCGUGGCCAACUACAAAGGCUGUGGGUUCGAGGUGAAGGGGAAGGGUCUGUGCAGGGCGCCCUCCCUCACCAGCUGCAUCAUCAGAUAGACGCAGCAAUGGGCCACCUCAUACAGGAUGAGAGUGCUUUUAUUGUGAAAGGCUGCCAU